CUGGUGUGUUGCAAUUUAUUCAUCAACUUUUACAGUUAUCAGAAUUCUUUAGGAACUAUCACAGAGCCAAGGCCGAAGAAAAGAAAUGUCAAAUUGGAAAACACCAAAGGAAAAUAUGAAAUGUCUUGAAGAAAAUGGAUUCUGAGUCCUUGGAUACGUGUAUUCAGAAUACUCUGUCAACACUUUAUCCUCCCUUUGAGGCCACAGCAUCCACUGUUCUCUGUCAGGUUUUUGAUGUAGUGGAGAAAACAUAUUGUGGUGAUGGAUUGUGCUACCUUAUUGAUUUCCUCGUCCCUGCUAAACACAUUCUGCAGUGCAUCCAGCAAGACGCUUGUUUUCAAUAUUGUGGAUUACUAUUCCGUUAUGAAGGCUGGCCUUUAUGCAUCUCUGAAAAAAUUGUAAUACAGCUCUCUGCACUUGACUGGCAAACUUUAAAACCUGGUGAUUUCUACCUUCAAGUUGUUCCACAUUUGGAAAAGACACCACGUAUUAUAUUAAAAUGCCUUGCAGCCAAUGGUUACAAUGUGGAGGAAAUAUUAAUUCCAGAGGUCUCUUAUACUUGUAUCUUCACUAUGGAAUGGUUGGACAAUAUUAACAAGAGACGGAUAGGAACAACUUUACAAAAUUGCCUGUUAUCUACUGACAACACUAUUUUUCGAGUACCUUGGGAAAAGGUGGUAACUCCUGAAUUUAUUGACAAACCAAAAAUGAUAGGAAGCACGUCAUCAGUAAACUGGACUGUGGAUCAAGAAGUUGUUGGCAGCAAUUCAAACAAUAUACAGAUCAGCAAUUACAGUGGACAAGUAGAAAACCCAUCUGAAACAAAACCAAACAUAUUUACAAAAGAAAACCAACUGAAGGUCCAGCAAAUUAAUCUUACAAGGGGUUUACAUCAUCCUGUAAGUAAUAUUGCAGAUUCUUUACUUAAUUCAACAGCAGCCAGUUUAAGAGAGCUUGAAACAGAAUAUGUAGAAAUUAAUCAAAUUUCAGUAAGUGAUAGUGAUUUGUCAUCACAAGCGAGCAGUUCAAGUUCAGACUUGCAACAUGCAUUGAGAACUAAUGAAACAUCAGAAGUGAUUCCUUUUGAACCUUUGAAUAUCAACACUUGCAACAAGAAAUCAAUUUAUUUAAAUUAUAUGGAAACAUCUUCAACUGUAGCUUGGCCCAAUUUAGAAAGAAUACAUAAUCCAUUUAAAUUUCUUGCUGGUGACACAGAGGCAUUCAAUCAGCAAUCACUUACAGAUACUAUUAACAGUAUAAAUAAAGAACUUGCAAAAUUAGAGCUGUCUUCAUCAAUGGAAACUGAUCUUCACAAAAGCAAAAUGCAACAGGAUUUUAAUUUUUGCUGUGAAAAUAUGCAUAUUUUAUUUAGUCAGACCACAGAUAGCAUAGAGGAAAUUGUAAACAGCCAGCCUUUAGAAUCAGUGGUCUGUAACCAGACACAGACUUCUGCUCAAGAUUCACAAGACGGACAAUUUCAUGGUUCAUCUGGUAAUCCAUUAUCUACACCAUGUAAUAAAAAUAUAAUUGAUAUGAAAUCACAUAAAGAAAUGCAAGAGUUGUCUGAAGCAGAUACAAUAGAAAAUGCUCACUGUAAGUACACAGAAAUUGGAAAACAGGAUUUUCACUUAAAUCAGUUGACUGACUGUAAUGUAGCUAACACUGGUGAACUUGUAAAUAUUGUUGUGAAUUCACCAUCAGAGUACAAGCAGUCGUCAGCUAAAAACUCAGAACAGAAAAUUGCAAUGGCCCAACAAUCGGCGUAUUCUGAGCAUAUACAGUUUAAUGGGCAGAAUGUUAUCCAAAAAGUACCCUUUAUCAAAAAUACAAAUCAACCAAAUUUUGUUCAUGCAUGCGCUGAUGUGCAUUUAGAUGGCUGCAGAAUCUCUUCAUCCCAGUUCUUAAACUUUGAAGGGACUAUUUUAUGUGAAGACUUUGCACUUGUUGAAAAUAUAGAUUCUUCUUCAAAACUCAGCCAUAACCAUAAUGUGAUGAAAGUUGAUCACUUGAUUAAAGAUGUUGAAUCUAUAAUUUUGCAACUGGAUAAUAGCAGAAACAAUACAUUAUUAAAUCAAGGAACAAGCUCUAUAUUUGGUGACAAUUUGCAGCCACGUUUGUCAGAGCACACUGAGUGUACAGAAACACAUGGGUCCAAAUGUAUGACACACUUAGAACGAGAUCAUGUGUUUCUGACAGAGGAAAAUGCACAAUUGCACGAAUGUUCUGUUAUAAAAUUACUAACUAAUCAGCAAUUUCAAGUUGAUGCACUGCAUCAGGGGUCUGAACAUGUGGAACAUGGAAAUAUAAAUAACUUACAGAGCGAAUUCUGCAAACAAAAACUCAGUGACAGUGAAGAUUUGAACCUGAUUGACACCCGUAAUGUAAUGUUACUUGAAGAAGAACAACAAGCACAAGAGAAUAGAUACCUGUCAGUACAGACCUUGGAAAAUGAGACCACUGUGCAGAAUAUCUUGGGAUUCGAUGCUGUAAAGGAAGGUCAAAGUAAGCACUAUUCUACUGUUGAAGAGUAUUGGUCAAAUGUGGAAACCACUGAGUCUAGCAUUAUUCACUCAACUAUAAUGGAUAUAGAAGAGCAGGAAUUGACUUCUGCAAAUGAAGAGAGAAAUGAAAAAAUACCAUUUGCUGAUAAAAAUAGACAAGAUUCGAUAAAGCUGUGUGCUCAAUCAUCACAGGGCUCUUCAGAGGAUCUUAAGGAGCAAGGAGACUGUCUAAUUGGGAAUAAGUUGGAAGGAAUUGGUUCAAUAUCAAAUGAGACACUGGAUACAGUAAAAGGAAGUACAGAAGAUGAAAAUCUCAACCUAACAGAUGAACCACCAAAAAUCUCACUAAUUACAGAGCGUAUUGUAAACAGGCAAGAACUGCUGACAGUUGAACAACCAGCGAUCUCACCUCCCUUACUCUUAAAACCUUAUCUGCCAACACUGUGCCAUGAAAUCAACUUUGAUGUUCUGAAAUCUGGGGUAGCAUAUUUGAGUGGGGCCAGAGAUAGAUCUGGUCGUGCAGUGGUAAUAGUAACAACGAGGAAUACCGUUUGGCUGAAUCCACAUUGCAACGUAGCUGAACUUGUGCGUCUCCUUGUCUACUUUUAUAGUCUUCCCAGACAAGAAACCCAGAGUGCAGGACUGACCAUUUUAGUGGAUGCACGGCGUUGCUCCCCUGUGUCAGCAUUAUCUAAAGCUUUCAAUAUCUUGCAGGGCACAAUUCCCAACUGCGUCCAUAUUGUUUUGCUGCUGGUUGAACGAGACCAUGUAUUCCGCUUUGAGAAACCAACUUCCAUGCAGUUUGAAACUCUGACUUCAUUGAAGUCACUACAUAAACACAUAGAAAGCAAUCAGUUGCCACCAGAACUUGAUGGAACUUUCCCCUACUGUCACAGUAGCUGGGUUUGCUUUCGUAUGAAACUGGAACAGCUUAUGCAGGGAUGUAAAGAUGCACAUAGUCUCAUCCAAAGUAACAUAGUGAACCUGAGAUCAAGUAAACUGCCAGAAACUACUGAGGAGGCUAGAGUACUUUUGCAGCAAUAUAAGCAACUUAUGAACAACGUACUGGAAGAUAGGAGUUUAGUAAAAUUGCAGCUUGAAGGAGGAGUAAUCCUUGCCAGACUAAGAAAAGAGGAGUCAUGUAUCACAUUAUUAUUUUCUUACAGAGAUACAGUUGAAACCGUAACAGAAUUGUAUAACAAAGUGGAAGAGGGAAUCCAUCAGCUGGUUAUGUUAUCUAAUAAGCGCAUUCAGGAAUUAGAAUUUCUGAUGGAGUUUAAAAAACAUGAAGGAGAGUUGAAGGAGGUGAGUAGCUGGAUUGAGCAGAUUGGAGAGAAGCAACUGGAGAGGAGUGAUCAAUUGGAGGAUUCACUGGAUUUAUUGCAAAGCACUCAGAAUGAGUUCAAGAACUUUUACAAUAUUGCUCAGAAGUAUUGUAUGAAAGGCAAGGACCUCUUGAAGAAGCUGGAACCAUGGCAGGACUUUAAGUCAUCAAAAUUGCAGGCUUGUGAAGUAAAGCUGCAAGCAUACAGAAAGCAUUUUGGGGAAUUUGUAAAGAACCUGGAUGAAAGCAAACUGAAGAUUGACAAGACUUUAUCGCUAUAUGAAUUUUUUGACAAGGCUUACGCGUGGGCUCUGGAAGGUAUGCGGCACCUUGCAUGUAUUAGUAUGGAUGAUUGCUAUUCCCCAGAAUGUUGUGGACCUAUUGUAAAAUAUCUGGAAAAUCAUCAUUGUCAACAUCCUGAAAUUCCAGAUACUAAAUUUCAAGAAAUGAAAGAAUUGGCAUGUGAAUUAAAAAGUGAGAAGGGGAUGAAACAGUGGAAGUUUGCUUGGUCCAAAUGCCAAGAGACAAAGCUCAUCUUUGAAAAGAAACUAGAAGCUGCAUUGCGGACAAGAAUGUCGAUGUCAUCGGAUCAUAAACUUUCUAAAUUUGAAAGUAUGACAACUGAGAAUUUAAGUGUAGGACCCAGGAGGCAUUCCAAUAGUAUGAAGCUAAAUUUACAAUGUGACCGAGCUAUUGCAGGUUCAAACAGUAGUAUUUAUUCUCCAAGCAACAGAUCAACGAAUUGUAAUGGGUGGAAGAAAGACAAAUUCUCACCACAAUCAUCAGACAUUUGUUACGGGACUGUAAAUAAUGACGAAGUUUUUUUUCCUGAAACUACUUCCAGCAAGUAUUCAACUGCUUGUUGCCAGGGCUUUAAUCAAAUGGGAGAAGGAAGAGUGUGUGCCUCUGUUCACAUGUCAACACCAGAAGCUUGCAAACAAAUGCAGGGUACGUUUGAUAAAGAAGCCAAAUGUGAAAAUAGUGUCAACUUUUCUCAUAAAAAAAUGAAAUGUUUUUCAGUGCCAGAGUACCAGAAUCAACAUCAGAAAAAGUUACUACAUAAUGCACAGAGUUUUGAUUGUUCACCUGAUGAUACAUUCAGUUACAGUUUGCGUCAAAGAACUUCUACUGAUCCUACAAAGCAUGGAAACACAGGUGUGUUCAUUAAAGGGCUUGAAGUGAGCAGCACUGAACUUUCUGAUAGACCUUGUAUCUCUAGGCAGCAACCAUUGUUCAUUUGGACUGAAAAUCAAGCAGAAAGUUACAGAAGUUAUAUUCCUUUACCAGAGGCCAAGGCUGAGGUUAGUAAACUGAGGCACAUCAUUGAUGAGAUGGUUGUCACAGAACGUGAGUAUGUUAAAUCUCUCAAGUACAUCAUUGAUAACUACUACCCAGAGAUGGAGCGUUUGGACCUUCCUCAGGAUCUGCGGGGGAAACGCAGUGUCGUCUUUGGAAACUUACAGAAGCUUUACAAUUUCCACAGCCAGUAUUUCUUGAAAGAAUUGGAAAGUUGUAUUAACCAUCCAUUACGUGCCAGCCAUUGCUUCCUCAGACAUCAAGACCAAUUUGGCAUGUAUGCAUUGUACAGCAAGAACAAACCAAAAUCUGAUGCUCUGCUAGCUAGCCAUGGGAACACUUUUUUCAAGUACAAGCAACUACAACUGGGAGACAAAAUGAAUCUGGCUUCCUACUUACUGAAGCCCAUCCAGCGAAUGAGCAAAUAUGCCCUCUUACUGAAGGAUUUAAUCAAGGAAUGCACUGAGGCUCAGGAACAGGAGCUGAAUAAUCUCAGGGCAGCAGAAGAAAUGAUUAAAUUUCAGCUUCAGCAUGGCAAUGAUUUGUUGGCGAUGGAUGCUAUUAGGGAUUGUGAUGUGAACUUGAAGGAGCAGGGACAGUUGGUUCGCCAAGACGAGUUCAUUAUCUGGUCUGGCCGCAAAAAGCACUUGCGGCAUGUUUUUCUGUUGGAAGAUCUUAUUCUUUUCAGCAAACCUAAAAGGAUUGAUAGUGGACUUGAUGUCUAUAUCUACAAGCAUUCUUUCAAAAUGGCAGAUAUUGGCUUGACUGAAAGUAGUGGUGAAAGUGGAACACGAUUCGAAAUCUGGUUUCGUCGUCGAAAAACCAGUGAUACCUAUAUUCUUCAGGCAAAUUCUCAAGAAGUUAAACAGGCCUGGACAAAAGAUAUUACAAGCAUCUUAUGGCAACAAGCUACCAGAAAUAAAGAGGUCCGAAUACAGGAAAUGGUGUCAAUGGGAAUUGGUAACAAGCCAUUCUUGGACAUUAAACCAAGUGAGGCUGCGAUCAGUGAUCGAGCCAUUGAUUAUAUUAUAAAAGGCAGAGGAGCACGAACCAGGGCUUCAAUUGCAGUGUCAUUAUUUGAUCACACAAAUCCAUUUAGAAGACGACAGAGUACUUCAAGUAAAAGCAGUCCUUCAGCUGGUGGCCCAUCCUCAUCUUCAUUUUUGGGACCUCUUAACCUACAUAUGUACACCAACCAGGCAUUGCUGUCAGGGGUGAGCAAUGUAAUAACCAGUGAACGACCAUUUGAUAUCAACGUUUACCCCGAGGAUGAUGAACUGGAGCAUGAGACAAGCAGCCAGCCUUCCAUGACAACCGAAAGCUCAGAGUCAUCUUUCCAUUGCAUAUCUGGUAGUGGUUCAAGUGGGUCUGAUAGUGGCUGUGUCUCCAGUCUUCUUCCUGAAAAUCUGUCUGAAGAGACAGGAUCUCCUUCUGAUACAUCUGCCUCCUAUUCCUUCCUGGAGUCUAAGCAGAGUUCUUUUACUCCUUCUACAAAGGAAGAUAAACCUCGAUUCUCAAAUCGGCAAUAUAUUUCAACGCUGCAAUCAACUCAAAUUGCUAUUAGUCCAUCCACAGUGGUCUAAGAGUUGUGCUCCACAUCCUGCUUUGUCAAAAUUUCAUACAGGUCUAUUACAGGAAGGGAAGGCUAAUCUCUUCAACAUCUGGAAUCAAAAAUGGAGCAUGAUCUGGUACCCCUAAGGUACAAAUGUAAAUUGUAUGAAAUGACUGCAACUCAGCCACCUGAAUUUAAGUUUUGCUUUUCUGGAUGUUUGCAAAUUUGAUGAACAAUGUAAUAUUAUCUAAAUUAUACAAGUAGACAAUGUGUAAACUUUUUUGUUCUGUUCGAUAAAAGUUCAUUAUACAGAUAAUUUACUUGGUACUGUUAGCGAUUUCUAAGUGUUUUGCAUAAACUGAUUUUAGUAGGUUACUAAAACCCUAUUUGUUGAAUAAUGGUUGCUUUUUACACAGGCAACAAUUUAGAUAGGUAGCCAAUUGACCAACAUUAAUAAUAAAAUGAUUUUUUUUAAUAGAAGUUACAUAAUUGUUUCUGUUGCAUCUGUAAAUAUUGCACUUAGCCCAAAUGUUGUUUUUGAGUGGGAGAGAAAUAAAAGCUUUCUUCUCAACAGGGAAAUCACUAAAGUGCCAUUAAUUGUUACUUACUUAAGUAACAUUGAGUUAAUUUACUGGUAAGAAUGUACAUGUUGUUAUCCAGUAAAAUGAGAAUAUACUUUUACAGUUGUUUAUUAAACAUUGA